GCUUUCUCGUACGCGGCGGCUCAGACAAUAAAACACCCUCAAAGAGUCUCAAAUGGCGAUACUGAGUUGCUGCCAGCGCGUUCGCUGAUGCGUUAUGCUCCAUCAUUGCUUGCGUGUCUUGCCACCGGCAAUUCCUUCACGCUAACAAGCAAUUUGAGGAAAGUUCGGCACACAGGGCUGGCAGAAUGCAACAUCUCGUAUCGAGGGCAGCAACUCGAUGUGUACAUAGGUUCUCCCAAGAUCGCACACUACUGGCAGAACGUCCAACGGCCACAGCGGGGUGGUCUCACGCUGGAUCUUUAGUCUCAGAUAGGCGAAGGCUAAGUAGUAGCCAUACGGCACUGCUCUCCGUUUUAGUAUGGAUCCCCUUUAUACCCUUCGGGUAACGAUAGGAUCACUCGAAGAAUACUCUUUGUCGUUCCUACACAUCAAUUACUUAUAUUAGCACCCAUCAUUCUGUCUUUGAUUCUUCUGUUCUGU